GCAGCAACACAGUAACACCCUCCUGCAAGAGACAUAAAUACAGGAACAAGGUCAUACAUUCUGCUAUUCCUUCCUCCUGAACUUAAUCCUUUCAUACAUCUGACUGAUUUCAUGCUACAGAAAAAAGGAGGAAGGUGAAAAGAGGAAGCAGCUGAUUUCCUGAAUCUUGAAACUUUCCUUGCUGUGGUCAUUCAGUUUUUUUCUUCUCAUUCUUAACCACCACCAAACCCACAACUGUUUUUAAUAGAGCAUAAAAAUAACCUUUUUUUCAUACUACAAAAAAAAUCCACCAAACUGAUUCAUCAUUUUGUUAAGACAGACAUGAAUUACACUAAAAUGGUAUCAGAGCAAAAGGAAAACUUCACCACCACAGUUUUAAACUUCACAACCCCAGUCCCUGGUGGUGGUAGAGGCGGUGGCUGCCCACCAGUCGGUAUUCAACUGGAGGGUGUGAUCCUGCCACCAGUCCUCACCAUUGAUGUCAUACUGGGGCUGCUGGGAAACAUCAUCGCCCUGUGGAUCUUCUGCUUUAAACUGAAAGCCUGGAACCCCAACAACCUGUUCCUCUUCAACCUGGUCAUCGCCGACUUCCUCUCUCUCGUGAGUCUGCCACUGAGGAUUGAUUCCUUGCUCAGGGGCCACUGGGUGUUUGGGGAUGGCCUGUGCCGUCUCAACCUCUUCCUGAUGUUUUCCAACCGCUCGGCCAGCAUUGCGCUGAUGACCGUGGUGGCAAUUUACCGCUACUUUAAGGUGGUCCACCCUCACCACCGGUUCAACUGUAUGACCAAGCGACAGGCUGCAUACGUGUCGGUGUUCGUCUGGCUGCUGGUGAUCAGUCCCCGGGUUCCCAUGCUGGCCUACAGCCACAUCAAGGGCAGCGGCAAUGGCACCCAGUGCUUCUUCUUCACUUCUUACAAAGAGGCGUCCCGCGGCAUCAUCAUCCUGGUGGGCAUGCACCGGAUCCUGACGGUGCUGGAGUUCGUCAUCCCACUGGCCAUGCUGCUGUUCUGUUCCAUCCGGAUCUCCAGCUUUCUGAAGGAGCGGCAGAUGGGCAAACCGGACAAGGUGCGCAAGGCGAUGCGAGUGUGCGCCGCCAUCGUCGCCGUGUUCAUGGUGUGCUUCCUGCCCACAACGGUGACGACCAUUGGGGUGUGGGUGAUCCGCUCAUACCGCCCAUGGGAUUGCAUGGCCUUCUACACUUUCACCCAGCUCACCAUCGUGUCUUUUGGGCUCAACUUCCUGAAUUCGGCUUUGGACCCCAUUGUCUACGUCUUCUCCAGCUCCAUGUUCAGGAAGGCCCUUUUCAGCUUGCUGCCCCGUGCCCUUUGCUGUGGUCAGGGCGGCGAUGACACGGAGUACUCGUCAGGAACUCAGUCAACCUCCCAACAGGAACUAAAAUCCAUGAGGGCCAGCAGAGGGAGUGAAGCCAUGUGAUAAGCUCUUCCUAGUAUUUUCCUGGUUUCAUCUGCUUUUGUGUUUAUUUAUUAUUUGAUACUGUUGAAGCCAUGAUUACAUCAUACAUUUUCAAUUAUGAUCAUAUGUUGCAUUUGCAUGUAAAUAUACUUAAACAACAGAUACAAAUGUGGGUUUUAAUUAUAUGUAUUCAUUGAUUCUCUUCAAUUCUGGACUAAAAUGUUCCCUCAUGUUGAUGAACUGAAAGUAUCACAUACAUAUUCAUGCUCUUUAUUUAAGCCUCAUGAUGAUUUUAGACACAUGUACACAGGAUUCAUCCCAAUGUAUUUGGUAUCUUUAGUAAAAUAUAAAGGUGUGUGAUGAGUCAUUAGUUCAGCCGAGUGUCAGAGGUUAAACGAGGCUGAGAAAAUGUCUAAGAAAGCAGUGAAUCAAAGAAAAGAAAAGAAAACCAAAACAAUAACAAGCAGCAUUUUAAGACUCAGUUAUCAUAGAAAAGUCUGAUUCCUUACUCAUAAAUGUUCCUCUGCUCAGUAGAUGGUGAUGGACAAUGGGCACCAUCUAGUGGACAAAUCAUGAACUACAUCAGCUGAUCUGUGAUGUCUUUCGCUGGUGUCUUUCAUGAUCUUGUAACCUCAGAUCACAUGGACACAGACAGGACGGAAAGACUCAGCGGAGUCCUCAUCAUUUACACACAGUAAAGACCUGGACCGGUGAACAGACUUUAAUGUCUCAUCUGACACACUCAGUCUCCCUCACACCAUCCACACCAAAUUCUCUGAGCCUGUUUAUGUAGCGUUCUUUAUCUGGCAACCAUGUGUUCCUGUCUCUGUAAAUUGGGUGCCACACAUGUAAGGAUUACUGAAUGUGCCCCUUGAGGCCUCAGGCCCCUUUGAAGCGACUGUGACUCAAUAAAAACACAAAGAGACACAUAACAACCAUAAAGAGAAACAAAAUGACCACAAAGAAUCCGAAAAUAACAACUUCAAGGAGAAGCAAAACACCUGCAGGCCACACAGUAAGUUUAUCACAAAUAUUUUCCAUCAUAGCAUCCUCCAGGGAACAGGCCGGUUGUUGUGUUUGGCCGGAUUUAAUUGAAGAAAAUAUCUUUAUUUGUAAAACUGUGAAAAAGCACAAAUACAAACAAAUCAGUACUAAUUGUACGUACAAAAUAGCAUUACUAAUACUUAAGUGCAGUAAAGAUAAUUGAGAUAAACCAAUACAAACAGGCACUUAUAAUUUCAUAGAAAUGUAAAUAUGAUUGUAAAUAAUGUUUACACAGCACCAAUGCUCUAACCAUCAACCUCUAACACACCUGUACUUACUCCACAAUAAAGCAAUUAUCAUCAAACAUAUUGUAAUUAAACCCAAAAACUAGUGACAUAAACAUCCUGCUACAACUGUAUAACUGAGGAAAACUUACGGAUGAAGCCAUUUAGCCACCAAUAGAUGGAGCAACACAGUAUACUGAUUUCCGAUACAGUGGGUACGCUUGUUUUCCUGCUCUAGCCCUGUUUGUGAAGGUGGAUGGGGUCUGUCAUCUUGUGGUUCAGGAUCGGAAUCUUGUGCAAACCUGUAAGGCAGAACCAAAGCUGCAACAACUGUUUGUUUACACAAGACAUGCAGAGUCGUUGCCAUGGUAGUUGCCGGUAAACUGACCAAUCAGAGCACACUGGGCUCUGGG